AUGGAGCGCUGGGCGGCGGCGGCAGCGUGCACGCUGCUGCUGGCUUUCGCCGCCUGCCUGGCGCCGGCCAGUGGCGGAGGAUGUCGCAGUAACGAGUUUCAGUGCCAACCUGGGCGGUGUAUUACUGCGUCCUGGCGGUGUGAUGGGACCCGAGACUGUCCAAAUGGCGCGGAUGAAAUUGACUGCCCCACCAGUAGUUGCCAUUCCAACCAGUUCCUGUGUCCGAAUGAACAGCUCUGUAUCCCUAGCAGCUGGGUGUGUGAUGGGGAAGAUGACUGCAAUGAUGGUGCAGAUGAACGUCGGCAUUGCCCUGGGAUAACAUGCUCAAGCCGUCAGUUUACCUGUGAGAAUGGUGAAUGUAUCCCAGGGGAAUUCAGAUGCGACCAUUCUGUAGACUGCUUAGAUGGAACUGAUGAGAAAAACUGCCGAUACCCAGUAUGUGAGCAGCUAACUUGUGCCAACGGAGCCUGCUAUAACACCAGUCAGAGGUGUAAUGGGCAGGUUGAUUGCAGAGAUGCCUCUGAUGAACUCAAUUGCACUCGCCGAUGCGCGCGCAGUGAGUUCCAGUGUGGCGGUGGGCAGUGCCUUCCUAGAACCUACGUCUGCGACCAUGAAAUUGACUGUGAAGAUGGCAGUGAUGAGCUUUCUUGCAGUUCUUAUCAGACCUGCAAAGGCAAUGAAUUCACUUGCCCUAACGGUGUCUGCAUUGCACAGAACUGGGUUUGUGAUGGAGAAGGUGACUGUGUAGAUAACGCUGAUGAGGAUGGAUGCGAAAGCAAAAUUAAUCGUACCUUUGAAUGUUACCCAAAUGAAUGGGCCUGUCCAAAGUCUGGAAAAUGCAUCCCAAUUUCUAAAGUUUGUGAUGGGACUUUAGAUUGUCCAGGAGGAGAAGACGAAAGCAAUAUCACUGCAGGACAACAGUGUGAUGUGAAUCUGUGUCCGUCCUUGGGAUGUGAGUACCAAUGCCACAAGUCACCAGGUGGAGGGAUGUGUUAUUGCCCCUCAGGUUUUAUUGUCAACAAAAAUAGAACCAAUAACUGCGUCGAUUUUGAUGAUUGCCAGAUAUGGGGAGUUUGUGAUCAGAUAUGUGAAGACCGAAUUGGCCAUCACCGGUGUGACUGUGUAGAGGGGUAUGUCCUGGAGCGCCAGCAGCACUGCAGAGCUAAUUCUUCUUUUGGUGAGGCCUUUGUGAUCUUCUCCAAUGGUCGGGAUUUACUAAAGGGUAACAUUCAUGGAAACAACUUUCAGAUUCUGGCAGAGUCUCAAAAUCGUGGAUUGGCUGUGGGUGUGGAUUUUCACUAUCGGCAACGCAGAGUCUUUUGGACUGACAUUGUGCAAAAUAAGGUUUUUUCAGUUGACAUCUCUGGUUCACGUACCAGAGAAGUUCUCGGUGUUUCUAUCGAAGACCCAGAGAAUCUGGCUGUGGAUUGGGUAAAUGAUAAACUUUAUAUUGUGGAGACCAGAGUCAACUGCAUAGAUGUGGCAAAUUUGGAUGGAAGCCAUCGGAUUACCCUUAUAAGUGAACAUUUGGGACAUCCUAGAGGAAUUGCUGUGGACCCAACUGUUGGUUAUUUAUUUUUCUCAGAUUGGCAAAACGUUUUUGGGGUACCGAGGAUAGAAAGAGCUUACAUGGAUGGCUCCAACCGUAAAGACUUGGUAACAACAAAGCUGGGAUGGCCUGGUGGGAUAACCCUGGAUUUGGUAUCAAAGCGUGUUUACUGGGUUGACUCCCGAUUUGAUUACAUUGAGACUGUAACUUACGAUGGACUUAAAAGGAUGACAGUAAUUCAUGGAGGCUCGAACAUUCCUCAUCCCUUUUCAAUAAGCUUGUUUGAAGGAGAGUUGUUCUUCACCGAUUGGACAAAGAUGGCUGUACUGAAGGCAAACAAGUUCAAGGAGACUAACCCCAGAUUGUACUACCGCUCUUCCCUGAGGCCGUUUGGAGUGACUGUUUACCAUGCCCUCAGGCAGCCCGAUGCAAUGAAUCCAUGUGCACAUGAAAAUGGGGGCUGUCAGCACAUCUGUCUCCUCAGCCACAGAACAUUCAAUGGUGGUUUGGGUUACCGUUGCAAGUGUAGGCUUGGCUCCAUUCCGGAUUGGGAUGACUAUCAUUGUGUUGCUGCUGAGCGGUUUCUGCUCUUUUCAUCUAAUCUGGCUGUUCGUGGCAUCCCGCUCACCCUCUCUCACCAGACGGAUGUCAUCCUUCCAGUGACGGGAUCUUCUUCCGUCUUCCUUGGGAUUGAUUUUGAUGCCCGCGAGAAGGCUAUCUUUUUUUCAGAUACAAGGAAAAACAUUAUUUAUAGACAAAAGCUCGAUGGCACAGGAAGAGAAAUUAUCACAGCUAACAGGGUGCCAGGUGUUCAAAGUUUGAGUUUUGAUUGGAUUUCGAGGAAUCUCUAUUGGACAGAUUCUUCUUAUAGGAGUGUCAGUGUCAUAAAGCUAGCUGAUAAAUCAAGACGUACAAUCAUCCAAAAUUUAAAUAACCCACGGUCAAUCGUAGUUCAUCCUACUGCCGGGUAUAUAUUCUUCUCGGUUUGGUACCGUCCUGCUAAAAUCCUGAGGGCAUGGACUGAUGGGUCUAAUAUUUUACCUAUAGUAAACAGUACUCUUGGGUGGCCCAGUGGGCUGUCCAUUGACUGGAGUUCUUCACGAUUAUACUGGGUAGAUGCCUUUUUUGAUAAAAUUGAGCACAGUACCUUUGAUGGUUCAGACAGAAAAGCCCUGACCAAUGUACAUCAGUUGACAAAUCCUUUUGGACUUGCUGUCUUUGAAGACUAUAUAUAUGUUACUGAUUGGAGACGUGGUAUUAUUCGAUUCGGGAAAUACAAUGCUGCACAAUCGGUUAUUCUCCGAAGUGGUGUUGGUUCUGUAAUGCGUGCGAAAGUAUAUGAUUCUAGAAUCCAGACAGGGUCUAAUGCCUGUAACCGACCCACCAACCCAAAUGGCGACUGCAGUCACUUCUGCUUCCCAGUGCCGAAUUCCCAGCGGGUGUGUGGCUGCCCCCAUGGAAUGAGUCUGGCUUCCAACCGUUUGACGUGUGUGGAGAGCGCAUCCCAAGAGCCGCCCAUGGAGCAGUGUGGCACGCUUUCCUUCCCCUGUCACAACGGCAGAUGCGUGCCCCUUCAGUAUCGCUGUGAUGGCUUUGAUGACUGUCUUGAUAACAGUGAUGAGGCUCAAUGUACCACAUCUAAUGCUACCUGUUCACCUUUAGCAUUUGAGUGUAAACACGAAGGACACUGCAUUCCCUCAAUGUGGCGCUGUGAUGGAGAGAAUGACUGUCUGGAUGGCAGCGAUGAGCAGAACUGCCCCACCCGAGCACCCACUUCCUGCCGUGCUGAUCAAUUCACCUGUGACAAUAACCUCUGUAUCCCAAGGAGCUGGGUCUGUGACACAGAUAAUGAUUGUAGGGAUGGAUCAGAUGAAAAGUCAUGCAAUCAUACACAGACAUGUUCACCUACUCAGUUUCAUUGCCCUGAUCACCGAUGUAUUGCCCUAUCUUUUGUCUGUGAUGGGACCAAGGACUGUGCUGACGGAUCUGAUGAGAUUGGCUGUGUAAUUAACUGCACUGCUUCUCAAUUCACAUGUGUUAGUAAUGGUCAGUGUAUUAGCAAGAUAUAUCAUUGUGAUGGUAUUUUUGACUGCGAUGACCACUCUGAUGAGACAGAUUGUCCAACCAGGCCUCCUGGGAUGUGCCACCAAGAUGAAUUCCAGUGCCAAGAAGAUGGGAUCUGCAUUCCGAAGACCUGGGAGUGUGAUGGGCAUGAGGACUGCAUCCAGGGAUCUGAUGAGCACAAUGGCUGUCCCCCCAAAACCUGCCAUCCAUCUCAUUUUGUCUGUCAAAAUGGAAACUGCGUCUCUAGAAAUUGGCUCUGUGAUGGGGACAAUGAUUGUGGAGACAUGAGCGAUGAGAAGGACUGCCCUACUCAGCCUUUUCGGUGUCCCAGUUGGCAGUGGCAAUGCCCUGGCCAUAGCAUCUGUGUGAAUAUGAGUGCAGUGUGUGAUGGUGUCCCUGACUGCCCUGGUGGGACAGAUGAGUCCCCGCUUUGCAACCAGAAUAGCUGCUCAGAUUCCAAUGGUGGUUGUACUCACCAGUGUAUUCAAGGGCCCUAUGGGGCCCAGUGCCAGUGUCCAUUGGGAUACCUGCUCGGGAAUGACUCUAAGACCUGCGAAGACAUAGAUGAAUGUCGUAUUCGAGGCUUUUGUAGCCAGUACUGUCACAACAUGAGAGGCUCUUUCCGGUGUUGGUGUGACUUAGGGUACAGGCUGGACGCUGAUCGGAGGACUUGUAAAGCUACAGAACCUGAAAGUCUGUUACUGGUGGCGAGUCAGAGCCAGCUUAUUGCUGGCAAUAUUACCCGGCAGGGGUACUUUAUCUACCCGGUUAUCCAACAUGGUUCUCACAUUGUGGCUGUUGAUUUUGAUUCCGUCAGUGGUCGUAUCUUUUGGUCUGAUGGAACUCAGGGUAAAAUCUGGAGUGCCUUUCAAAAUGGAACUGAUAGAAAACUAAUACUUGACAGUGGUGUCAGCAUGACUGGAAAUAUUGCAGUAGAUUGGAUAGGACGCAAUCUUUACUGGACAGACAUUUCCCUGCAAACAAUUGAAGUCGCUAAACUGGAUGGGAGCCACAGGACUGUGCUGCUUAGUGAAAACACAACAAAUCCAGGGGGACUAGUAGUAGAUCCCAGAGCUACUGACCGUGUGAUGUUCUGGUCUGACUGGGGCAAUCACCCUCGCAUUGAGCGAGCUAGCAUGGAUGGCAGUCAGCGCACCGUCAUUGUCCAGGAGAAGAUCUACUGGCCCACUGGAUUAGCUCUUGAUUACCCCAACAGGCUAAUCUAUUUCAUGGAUGGCUAUCUUGAUUACAUAGACUUCUGUCACUACGAUGGAAGCAAUCGGAGGCAGGUGAUAGCCAGUGAUUUGAUUCUGCGCCAUCCUUAUUCCAUAAGUCUCUUUGAAGAUACUGUGUACUGGAGUGAUCGUGCUACUCAUGAGGUUAUGAAAGCCAAUAAGUGGCAUGGGGGGAACCAGUCAGUGGUGAUGACAGUUCACCAGCCUCUUGGCAUUGUUGUGGUUCAUCCUGCAAAACAACCAGUUUCCUCAAAUUCAUGCAACAAUGUCCGAUGCAGUCAUCUGUGCCUGCUUUCCUCAAGGAGUCUUUACACCUGUGCUUGUCCUUCCGGGUGGAAUCUUGCUCGUGAUUCUGUGACUUGCGUGAGAGAUGAUCAAGCAUUCCUAAUAGUUGUAAGAAACAGUAUAAUUUUUGGAAUUUCCCUUAAUCCUGACGUGAAGACCUUUGAUGCUAUGGUGCCCAUAUCAGGGAUACGCAAUGGUUAUGAUGUUGCAGUUGAUUACUCAGAGCAAUUCAUCUACUGGCUUGAAAAUCCAGGUGAAAUUCACAGAGUGAAGACAGAUGGUACCAACAGGACAGUGUUUGCUCCUCUGUCAAGUCUGGGGGCUUCUGCGAGCCUGGCGUUAGACUGGCUAUCAAGAAACCUUUAUUUUACUGAUCAUGUGACUCGGUCAAUUAAGGUUUUAACACUUCGAGGAGAUGUCAGUUACGGGAAAACCCUGAUUACCAAUGAUGGGACGAGUCUUGGAGUUGGUUUGCCAGUUGGCAUAACUAUCGAUCCUAUUAAUGGGAAACUGUACUGGUCAGACCGAGGAACCAACAGUGGCAUUCCUCCCAAGAUUGCCAGCGCUAACAUGGAUGGCAAAUCUCCAAGAACUCUCUUUACUGGGAGCCUUGAAAAUGUGGCAUUUAUCACCCUUGAUAUUGAGGAGCAAAAACUCUACUGGGCAGUCAGCAGUACGGGAGUGAUUGAAAGAGGAAAUGUGGAUGGAACAAAUCGAAUGAUCCUGGUAAACCAUCUUUCCUACCCCUGGGGACUUGCUGUCUAUGGCCCCUUCCUUUAUUACUCCGAUGAAGAAUAUGAGGUCAUUGAAAGAGUUGACAAGGCUACGGGGGCCAACAAAAUAGUCUUGAGAAAUAAUCUCCCAAAUCUCAGAGGCCUUAAAAUUUACCAAAGACAUGGCUCCGAAUCCUCAAACGGCUGCAGCAACAACAUGAAUAUCUGUCAGCAAAUUUGCCUGCCUGUGCCAGGAAGACUGUUCUCCUGUGCCUGUGCCACCGGAUUUAAACUCAAUCCUGACAAUCGGACCUGCUCUCCCUAUAGUUCUUUCAUUGUUGUUUCCUCGCUGCGGACCAUCAGGGGCUUUAGCCUGCAGUUGUCAGACCACUCAGAAGCCAUGGUACCAGUGGCAGGCCCGGGACGAAAUGCACUGCAUGUGGAUGUGGAUGUAUCUUCUGGCUUUAUUUAUUGGUGUGAUUUUAACAUCUCUGUGGCAUCUAAUAAUGCAAUCCGUAGAAUCAAACCAGAUGGGUCUAAUUUUACAAACAUCAUUACAGAUGGGAUAGGAGUAAAUGGAGUCCGGGGUAUUGCGGUGGAUUGGGUAGCAGGAAAUCUUUAUUUUACCAAUGCUUUUAGAUCUGAAACACUGAUAGAAGUUCUAAGGAUCAACACCACCCACCGCCACAUUCUCCUUAAAACCACAGUGGAUAUGCCCAGAGACAUUGUUGUGGACCCCAAGAAUCGAUACCUCUUCUGGUCUGACUAUGGGCAGAACCCAAAGAUUGAACGGUCUUUUCUUGACUGUACCAAUCGAACUGUGCUUGUAUCAGACAUCACUGCCACACCACGGGGCUUGGCAUUGGAUCAUAGCAGUAACUACAUUUAUUGGGUUGAUGACGCUGUAGAUUUAAUUGCAAGGAUCAGCAUUGAGGGAGGGGACUCUGAAGUGAUUCGUUUCGGCAGUCGUUACCCAGCUCCUUAUGCCAUCACUGUGUUUGGAAAUUCUAUCAUAUGGGUAGACAGGAAUUUAAAGAAAAUCCUCCAAGCCAGCAAGGAACCAAAUAGAGCAGAUCGACCAACAGUGAUAAGGGACAAUAUUGAUUGGCUAAGAGAUGUGACCAUCUUUGACCAGAGUGUCCAGCCUCGGUCACCAGCAGAGCUCAACAACAACCCUUGCUUGGAAAAUAAUGGAGGAUGUACCCAUUUCUGCUUUGCUCUGCCUAAAUCACAAACCCCUAAAUGUGACUGUGCCUUUGGGACCCUGCAAGCUGAUGGCAAGAGCUGUGCCAUUUCAUCAGAAAAUUUCCUCAUCUUUGCCUUGGAUAAUUCCUUGAGGAGCUUACGUUUUGACCCCAAAGACUAUAGCCAACCUUUCCCAGCAAUAAGUGUGGAAAAAAUGGCUGUGGCCCUAGACUACGACAGCAUAGAUAACAGAAUCUACUUCACACAACUUUUGUCAUCUGGAAAAGGCCAGAUUUCCUAUGUCAACCUGAAUUCAAGGAGCAGUCCGCCCACUGUUGUUGUUUCAGGCAUAGGGAGUCCUGAGGGCAUUGCCUUUGACUGGAUCAAUAGAAGAAUUUAUUACAGUGACUACACCAAUCAGAUGAUUAAGUCCAUUGCCACGGAUGGGUCUAGACACACUACGAUAGCCGAAGUUCCAAAGCCAAGAGGAAUUGUGUUAGAUCCUUGCCAAGGGUACAUGUAUUGGACCGACUGGGGUACUAAUGCUAAAAUCGAGACUGCCACAAUGGGUGGAUACUCCCGGAGAAGCUUGGUGGACAGGGACCUGGUCUGGCCCAAUGGGCUCACUCUGGACUAUGAACAAAACCUUCUCUACUGGGCAGAUGCUAAUCUGGAGAAGAUUGAGCGCUUCGAUCUAGAGCGCUAUCUGCGGGAGGUCGUUGUCAGCAGAGCCAAUAGUCCUUUUGGCUUAGCUGUUCAUGGCCAGCAUGUUUACUGGACUGACUUGCUCACUCAGAAAAUUUAUCAAGCUAACAAAGUUGAUGGGUCAGGUCAGACUGCAGUGACCACGACCCUUCCCUUUCGGCCUAAGGGUAUCUGUGCUGUUGUGAAGGACCAACAACAGUGUGACAAUCCUUGCGAUCGGUUUAAUGGGGGCUGCAGCCAUAUUUGUGCACCAGGUCCAAAUGGUGCUGAGUGCCAGUGUCCACAUGAGGGCCACUGGUAUCUGGCCAACAACAAUAAGUACUGUAUCCCGGAUAAUGGUACCCGGUGUGACAGUUCCAAGUUCACCUGCCUUAGUGGGAAGUGCAUCCCUGACCAGUUGAAAUGUAAUGACAUUGAUGACUGUGGUGACAGCAGUGAUGAGCUGGAAACUCUCUGUGCGUUUCACACCUGCCCUUCGACAAGCUUCACCUGCGCCAAUGGUCGAUGUGUCCCAUACAGUUAUCGCUGUGAUCACUACAAUGACUGUGGUGACAACAGUGAUGAGGCAAGGUGCCAUUUCAGGGCUUGUAACAAAACAGAAUUUACUUGCAAAAAUGCAAGGUGCAUCUCUUCUUCAUUAGUCUGUGAUGGGAUAGACAACUGCCAUGACAACAAUGCUUCAGAUGAGAAAAAUUGCCCCGAACGCACGUGCCAUCCUGGAUACGUAAAAUGUACGAAUUCAACGAUUUGUAUUCCACAUUCUUUCUUGUGUGAUGGAGACAACGAUUGUGGAGAUAUGAGUGAUGAAAACCCCAUUUUCUGUGGCGCUAAGUCGUGUAGGAGCGAUGAGUUCCAUUGCACCUCUGGGCCCUGUAUUCCUGCACAUUGGUAUUGUGAUCAUGAAAGAGACUGUUCUGACGGCUCUGACGAACCUCCCACUUGUGAGUUUUCUCAGUCAACAUGCGCCAGUGAUUAUUUCAAGUGUGACAAUAACCGGUGCAUCCCAAUGAUGUGGGUCUGUGAUGGUGAUAAUGACUGUGGAGACUUGAGUGAUGAGGAUGAAAGACACAACUGCAAGGAUCGCAACUGCUCAAGUUCUGAGUUUGCCUGUGCAGUUAGUGUGCCUCCACACAGAGGGUGUAUCCCUAGAUCGUGGGUUUGUGAUGGCGAAGCGGAUUGCUUUGAUGCCUCUGAUGAGCACCAGAAUUGCACCAGGAGAUCCUGCCUUGGAACGGAGUUCGUCUGUAACAAUGGCUUGUGUAUCCCCAACCAGUUCAGGUGUGACCGGAACAACGACUGUGGUGACUACAGUGAUGAGAGGGGCUGUGUGUACCCUGCCUGCGACAAGACCCUUUUUACAUGUCAGAACGGACUCUGCAUUAAUAAGGCCUAUGUCUGUGAUGGGGACAAUGACUGUAGAGAUAACUCGGAUGAGCUCGAGCACCUGUGUCACACCCCGGAAACCACAUGUCCCCCUCAUCAGUUCAGGUGUGACAAUGGGAACUGCAUUGAGAUGGUGAAAGUCUGUAACAACUUCCCUGACUGUUCAGACCGCAGUGAUGAGAAAGGAUGUGGCAUUAAUGAGUGCAAUGACCCUACACUCAGUGGUUGUAGCCAAAACUGCACAGACACCUUAACCAGUUUCUAUUGUUCUUGUAACCCUGGUUACAAGCUGUUGUCGGACAAGAGGACUUGUGUUGAUAUUGAUGAAUGCAAAGAGACGCCCUUCGUCUGCAGCCAAAUGUGUGAGAACUUACCUGGCACUUACAUCUGCAAAUGUGCCCCAGGCUACAUCCGUGAGCCAGAUGGAAAGACCUGCCGGCAGAACAGCAACAUCAAGCCUGAUCUCAUUUUUAGCAACCGUUACUAUUUGAGAAAUCUAACUAUCGAUGGCCAUUUAUACUCCCUCAUCUUGCAAGGACUGGGUAAUGUUGUGGCACUGGAUUUUGACCGAGUAGAAAAGAGAUUGUACUGGCUUGAUAUAGAGAAUAAAGUCAUUGAGAGAAUGUUUGUGAAUCAGACAAACAGGGAGACAGUCCUAAAGCACAAUCUACCAGGUGCGGAAAGUCUGGCUAUCGACUGGGUUACCAGAAAGCUCUAUUGGGUGGAUUCCUACCUGAAUUGCCUUUCUGUCUCUGACCUCAGUGGUCGAUACCGCCGCAAGUUGGCUGAGCACUGUGUGGAUGCCAACAACACCUUCUGCUUUGAGAACCCUAGAGGACUUGCACUUCACCCUCGAUAUGGGCACGUCUACUGGGCAGAUUGGGGUGACCGAGCGUACAUUGGGAGAGUAGGCAUGGACGGAACCCUCAAGUCUCUGAUUAUCUCUACCAAGAUCAUGUGGCCCAACGGACUCACCAUUGAUUACACCAAUGAUCUACUCUACUGGGCAGACGCCCACCUGGGUUACAUUGAGUACUCUGAUUUGGAGGGCCACCAUCGGCACACGGUUUAUGAAACCGGCACGCUGUCUCACCCCUUUGCUAUUACCGUUUUUGAAGACACCAUUUAUUGGACAGAUUGGAAUACAAAGACAGUUGAAAAGGGAAACAAAUACAAUGGGUCAAAUAGAGUGGCGCUGUUGAACGUAACACACAGGCCGUAUGACAUCCAUGUGUAUCAUCCUUACAGGCAGCCAAUUGUGGCUAAUCCCUGUGGUACGAACAAUGGUGGCUGUUCUCAUCUCUGCCUCAUCAAAGAAGGAGGUGCUGGAUUCACUUGCGAGUGUCCAGACAAUUUCUAUACCGUCCAGCGUGGUCACAGCACCCAGUGCCUGCCCAUGUGCUCUAGCACCCAAUUCCUAUGUGCCAACAGUGAAAUGUGUAUUCCUAUCUGGUGGAAAUGUGACGGGCGGAGAGACUGCUUGGAUGGUUCUGAUGAACCUGUCACUUGCCCGCAGCGCUUCUGCGCAUUAGGAAUGUUCCAGUGCAAUGAUGGCAACUGCACCAACUCACACUCUCUGUGCAAUUUGCGUCAGGAUUGCCCUGAUGGGUCCGAUGAAGACCCUGUGCUUUGUGAGCAUCACCAGUGUGAGCCCUAUGAGUGGCAGUGCGCCAACAAGCGCUGCAUUCCCGAGUCCUGGCAGUGCGACAUGGAGGGCGACUGCGACGAUAACUCGGACGAGGACAGCGCCCACUGCGCCGGCAGGACCUGCCCGCCUGGCUACUUCAAGUGCGCCAACGGCCACUGCAUCCCUCAGAUAUGGAAGUGUGACGUAGACAACGACUGCGGAGACUACUCGGACGAGCCCUUGCAGGAAUGCUUGGGCCCCUCCUAUCGCUGCAAUAACUAUACAGAAUUCAGCUGCAAAACAAACUACCGCUGCAUCCCGAAGUGGGCUGUGUGCAACGGUGUCAACGACUGCAGGGACAACAGUGAUGAGCAGGACUGUGAGUCGAUGACAUGCAAACCUUCUGGGGAAUUUCGGUGUACAAAUCACCACUGCAUCCCUCUUCGCUGGAGAUGUGAUGGGCAAAAUGACUGUGGAGACCACUCCGAUGAGGAAAACUGUGCCCCCCGGAAGUGCACGGAGAGCGAGUUUCGGUGUGAUGAUCAGAGCUGCAUUCCUUCUCGAUGGAUCUGUGACCAAGCCAACGACUGUGGGGACAACUCAGAUGAGCGGGACUGCGAGAUGAUGACCUGCCGUCCUGGAUAUUUUCAGUGUGAUAGUGGGCACUGUGUUUCUGAACAUUUGAAGUGCAAUGGGUUGGCUGACUGUCAUGAUGCCUCUGAUGAAGCCAAUUGUCCCACCCGCUUUCCCAAUGGUGCAUACUGUCCAGCUACUAUGUUUGAAUGUAAAAAUCACGUUUGUAUCCAUUCAUCUUGGAAAUGUGAUGGUGAUAAUGACUGUGGAGAUGGUUCCGAUGAAGAACUUCAUCUGUGCUUAAAUGUUGCCUGUGACUCACCAUACCGUUUCCGGUGUGACAACAAUCGCUGCAUUUAUCGUCAUGAGGUGUGCAACCAGGAGGAUGACUGUGGAGAUGGAAGUGAUGAGAAAGAGGCGCUCUGUGUAGCACCGACUCCUAGACCUUGUACGCCGGCUGAAUUCAAGUGUAGCAAUGGGCGCUGCAUUCCACAGCACCGGGUGUGUGAUCAUGUUAAUGACUGUGGUGACAAUUUCGAUGAGACGGGAUGCAGUAAAGGAAAAGACAGAUCAUGUGCUGAAAAUCUGUGUGAACACAACUGUACCCAGUUACGUGAAGGAGGAUUCAUCUGCUCCUGUAGACCCGGAUUCAAAGCCGAUAGCAUUGACAGAAACCUCUGUGAAGACAUCAAUGAAUGUUUGCAGUUUGGGAGUUGUCCCCAGAUCUGCCAUAACACCAAAGGAAGUUAUGAGUGUUCCUGCGCCGAAGGGUUCACAUCGCUGAGUGACAGAUACGGAGAACGGUGUGCGGCUGACGGUAGUCCUCCUUUGCUGCUACUGCCUGAAAAUGUGAGAAUUCGAAAAUACAACCUCUCAUCUCUUCAGUUCUCAGAGUACCUGGAAGACCAGGAGCGCAUUCAGGCUAUGGAUUAUGAUUGGGAUCCGGAGGGCACAGGCCUCAGUGUUGUAUAUUACACUGUUCUAGGGGAGGGCUCCAGUUUCGGUGCUAUCAAACGUGCCUACAUUCCCAACUUUGAAUCUGGAAGCAAUAAUCCUGUGAUGGAAAUUAACCUGGACCUGAAAUAUAUAGUGCAGCCUGAUGGAUUAGCAGUGGACUGGGUUGGAAGGCAUAUUUACUGGUCAGAUGCCAGGAGGCAACGGAUUGAAGUGGCUGAACUUGAUGGAAGGUACAGAAAGUGGCUGAUUUCCACUGAACUGGAUCAACCAGCUGCAAUAGUUGUGAAUCCCAAACUAGGGUUUAUGUACUGGACUGACUGGGGCGAAAAUCCUAAAAUCGAGUCCGCUUGGAUGGAUGGGCAGCGUCGGAAAGUCUUGGUUCAGGAGGACCUCGGUUGGCCAACAGGACUCUGUAUAGAUUAUGUGAAUGGUGACCGGAUCUACUGGAGUGACCUCAAGGACAACAUUGUUGAAACCAUCAAAUAUGAUGGAACCGAUAGGAGAACAGUGGUAACUUCAGCGGUAAACCCUUAUAGUCUGGACAUCUUUGAGAGCCAGUUAUACUGGACAUCUAAGGAUAAGGGAGAAGUGUGGAUCCAAGAUAAAUUUGGGCGAAACAAGAAAGAGAAAUUGCUGACAGUGAACCCUUGGCUUACUCAAGUUCGAGUCUUCCAUCAGCGGAAAUAUAAUCAUUCAGUGCCCAACCGCUGUAAAAAUGUCUGCAGCCACUUGUGCCUUCUGAGACCUAGGGGAUACACCUGCGCCUGUCCCCAAGGAUCCAGAUUUCUGGAAGGGAGCGUCACAGAGUGUGAUGCAGCCAUCGUAAAUGCUAUCAGCAUGCCUUCUCCAUGCAGGUGUAUGAAUGGAGGAAGCUGCUAUUUUGGUGAGAAUAACCUCCCCAAAUGCAAGUGUUCUAGUGGCUACAUGGGAGAAUAUUGUGAAAUGGGGCUUUCACAAGGCGUUCCUCCAGGAACAACGGCAUCCGUGCUGUUGACAGUCAUCUUGAUCAUCGUAAUUGCUGCUUUAGCCGCUUUCGGAUUUUUCCACUAUCGGAAAACUGGCUCCAUUUUGCCUUCUCUGCCCAAGCUGUCAAGCCUAAGCCAUCUGAAAUCCUCUGAAAAUGGAAAUGGGGUGACCUUCAGAUCAGGGGGUGAUGUGAACAUGGAUAUUGGAGUAACUGGUUUUGGGCCCGAGUCUGCUAUUGACAGAUCGCUGGCGAUGAAUGAACAUUUUGCCACAGACUUCGGGAAGCCGCCCAUCAUAUUUGAGAACCCGACAUACACCUCCAAGGACACCGCUAUCACAGCGGCUCAGCCAACAACAGCCCCGGUAACCGAAUCUGGAACAGUGCAUAACAAAAACUACGGCAGUCCUCUAAACCCUGCUGAACUAGUUACAGACACAAAGCCAACUUCCUCAAGUGAUGAAACUCAGCCAACAAAAUGGAAUAUCUUCAAAAGAAAACCGAAACAAAAUACCAACUUUGAAAAUCCAUUCUAUUCUGAGAUGGAGAAUGAACCAAAGGUCAGUGCUGCUGUGACCCCACCUCCAUCACCUUCUCCUCCUGCUAAGGUUUCUUGGAAAAAAGGCUCAACUCCAGGCUACAGUGCAACAGAAGACACAUUUAAAGAUACUGCAAAUCUUGUUAGAGAAGACUCUGAGGCAUAA